CUUGCAUUCUGUUCCUGAGAUGACAGGAGAACGCUGAUUUAGGCAAUGACGAGAGAACUAUGAUUUAGGCAAUGACGAGAGAACGCUGAUAGGCCAUGACUCUUUGUUGAACACCACAUCAUCAGGAGUGUAACUGAAAUUUCACAUGAUGAGGUGGUGUUCAACAAAGGGAGAGUGGGACGAGAAAAUGCCUAGAUUAAAGCGAAUACACACAGAAUGAGAGCGAAUUUGAGAGCGAAUUUUGUUUUUCUGUCUUUGACGCAGAGACGGCAUCCAUUAUUUUGAGCACAUAAUAUAGAUGUUGAGAGCAGACCGACCCAGACAAACGAGAGGAGUGACAAAACAGAAGAGACCUUGAUAUUUGAUAGCUGUUUCUCAACAUGCAUUCAAACUCAACAGUGGAACUCUUCUAGCAUCGCAGACCUAUGAACACCCAAUUUUUUAAAAGUUGUUGUUAGUACUACUCAUCUUUAAGGAUAUCUAAUAAAGAUGUAAUAUCUUCCGCUUUCACGUAUUAUAUGAACCGAAAACGAAACUAGCACUUGUGGUCCAAUAUGUACAAUCGAUAUGACUAUAACGUCUCGCAUUUUCCUUUGGAGUUGUGGAUAGCACGACUUCCACGUGAAAAUGAAACUACUGGCACCACUGUUACUACUACAAUUUAAAGAGGGAGAUUUACUACCAGUUCUUGAAUUCUAGAUGAAGAUAAGAGCUCAACUUCAAAAAUUAUCACAUGACUACUUCAUCAUAUUCAAAUGAUUUCUUACCCUUGUACCUCUCUCCUUUCCUCUAUAAGCAUUAUAUGUGACUAACUUAUUAUUCUCGGCUUAAAUUUAUCAGAACUACAUUUAUUUAAGUCAGUAAGACAUUUGAGCACUAAGAUUAUUCGCCGGCUUGUUAGCAAUCGCCUUCCUGGUUCCAACUUUUAGGCAUUUUUUUAUGCGCAGGCAAUUUUUAGUGCACCGUAGUAGAAGGAGGCUAAUGGGCUCCACCCGUCGCCGGAAGGUACGUCGGAUAUCACUGGGGUCAGUCUUCCGGAAAUCACUGUUGAUCAUUAUAAUCCGUACUCCGCUCCUCGCGACGUCGGUGCACCUGGAAUCCUUGGCGCGAUCUUGGCCUUCAGAGGCUAUUGUAAUACAGUCCUCUCCGAUAGUUGUAGUUUUUUGACCGUUGUGAUACGGUUUCCUUGCUCCCCCGGUAUGUCUAAGUUUUUAAGUGGGGUUAUUUAAGUAUUUGAAUGGGAGUCUCCUUGCUCUCCCGGUAUGUAAUCAUUUGUAAGUUUAUAAAUGAAGUUAUUAAACAUGUUCGCAAAGAAGUUGACGUGGCGAGAAGGAGAAAUGAGUCUUGCAGCUGAGUCCUUGCGCACGUCUUUUCACAUCAAGAAAGGGUUCUUCCGUCUGAGGAAAAGAUCAACGGUUUCCUCUCACAUUCUCCUGCAAAGAACUGCAGUCGUUCUAGUUGUGCAAUGCAGCUUCUUCUUGAAUGAAGCAACGCCUCUCAUUGCGAUCUUCUCGAAUGGGUACACUACUACUACUACAGUGGUCUCCUCGUUCUCCUCCUCAAAAAGAGUCUAGUUUGGUGUCUGGCGGAGGCCUCUUUUUUCAAGUCUGGUAGAAUUAUUCUCUUUUGAAUCCACCAGUCUGGUAGAAUUAUUCCUUCUGAAAUUGAUCUUGAAAUUGAAUCCACCACGCUCGUAAGCGUUUUUUUCUUGUAUAACUGUGUGGAUUUCUUGUUGGAGCAACUUGUAUAACUGUGUGUUUUUCUUGUAUCCCUGUGUGGAUUUCUUGUUGGAGCAACUUGUAUAACUGUGUGUUUUUCUUGUAUAACUGUGUGGAUUUACCAAGAACUCCAUUUCCACCAACUCACAGCCAGGAAAAGCAAACUUUAGUUCUAGUUCAAGUGCGAUCAUUUUUUACACACAGUGAGUUGCAGAGCACAAGCGCGACACUUCUUCGCAAUCGUUUCAGUAUUUGGCACUAUAGGUAUCUACUUACUUUACUACUUGAUACUGUACUAUUGCAAAGAGGGGCUGCAAAACUCGUGCCUCACUUGUAUAAAAGUGUCGCAGGUGUGUUUUCUUACCGAGGUAAGGAGCGAGUUCUUAAGGAUUUUUCAGUCGUGUACUCUAGUGUUAAAGUUGAUUGAUGUUGAUGCUGUGGAUAUUCACCUGGCGCGUCUUCGGGUAUUAGAAGUUAUCUUCUUCGUCAGCAGCUACUUCUUCAGACGAGUUAAGUACAAAUAAGAUUAGUGCCUUCAGCAUCAACGCGCAUAAUACUAAAUAGCUUCGACGUCGGAUCGUUUUUGAUUUUACGGCAUUCCCUCUUGUAAAAAAAGAAAAACUUGUAGAACUACUAAAAGCGUUUGUGUUGUAACACGUGUAGCAUUUGACUAUUUAUCAUUUGAUGGAUGUACGUGCACGCAGUUCGUGAAUAAUUGCAUCAGAGACUGAGGACGCGCGACCAUUUUAUAUGCGCCGCUUCCAUGUGAUUUGUGAGCUGAGUUAUAAUUGUGGCUUUAUUCUCUCGUAUAAAUGAUCACUGUUGAAGAAUAGAGAAGAAGAACGAAAAACAGGAAGCGUCAUCAUGUUGAAUACGAUGGAUAAGCGUUUGAAGAAGUAGUCCUCACCUAACUAGUCUUAAGCCUUUCUGUGUAUGUAUACUCGACAACGAAUACGAGCAAGAAGCUGCAAGAUUGACGUAGGUACUUAGAAAUCUCAUGCACUUAGGUAGCCCCUCUACCUCACGAAUAGGUACAUCAAUCAUCUAGGAGUAAGUAGUUCUUGCUAGUUGUUGCGUGUCUUCUACAACAGUUUUCCUGUCGUUCUACUGCUUUCACUUAAAACUUCUCAAGAUUGCUUUUUACUCUUCUCAAAAGCAGGGAAGUAGAUAGAGCAUCCUCUUGAUUGGAGAUCGAUUGGCCGAAUAGGUACUACUAGAUGAACAAGAGCGCGGAUGAAUAUAAAAGCUACCAAAUUAGAUCUGAGAACUUGCGUGACAGAAUUUAGAAGAAAGAGCUUCCUCGUAUUCUGCGAUUGACAGCUGUUGUUCCUAAGAAGACUUCCUGUGACUCCUCAAGAAGAGUCCGGCUCUGUUUUCAGAGGAUCUUAAAGUCAGUCAAUCUAGGAGCGAAAACUUAAUAGAACAAACUUAGAACUAUAUAUACUACGGACUAAUAGAAGUUGUAGACGGAGUAAGUAAAGCAUCUCAACAGCUGUCAUGUUUCAGGAGAGAGGGCGACCCAUCUAUCUUCCAGAAGUAUUAGCCCUCUUUUUCAUCUAAGAUAUAAAGCCCUCUUUUCGUCUAAGGUCUACCAGGAGAUUACGCAGAGAAGCCUCAAGCGGAACUGUUUUGUUCUGCCGAUCCGGAGCUUUAGGGUUUAGGGUUUAGGCCAAGUCAAGACAAGUUUUUUGGUCGUAUCGUGAUCUGUGUUCUUGAGAGCAUUUGUAGUUGUUCCUUCCAUCUGUGAAUGUGAUGGUUAGGAGUGCCUCAGAUGACGAGCGGCGCCACUUCUUUUUGUGUCCAUUUGCCGGAGGGAGACUUGUUUUUUCUACGUAGGUGCAGCGCUGGCGGCUGCGAUGCUCCAUAUUCGAGUGACCCCCCGCGCGUUUUUUUUGGCGCAAAAUAUCGGCGCCCUUUCCGUGCCCCUCUAACAGGUCCCCUCGUUGUCAGUAUUUUCCGUUUCCCCCCUUCGUUGUUUUGGAUGUUUUACACGCGCGGUCAUGCGAUCGAGCUUUCUACAGCCGAUGAUGGGAAACACGGAGGACGAUUCGACAAGCUUUGUGCUGGUAAGAGAUAG